GCGCUCUAGCAUGCUGGCGGGUCCUCUGCAGGGACAGCUGCCGCCGCCCUUGUGCCUGGAUCUCGUGGCGCUCCCGUUGCCCCCGCCGCCCAAACACGAAGGGAGCGAUUGCUGAGCUCCUGCCCACGCAGUCCCCUGCAGAUCCUAGCCGGGGCCAGGAGGGGAUUGCAGCGCCAACAGUAAGGUUCCUCUAGCCCAGGCGGCCAUCUCUAGGUCCUCCUGGACCACCCCGGCUGCUGCAUCUCCCAGCCAUGGAAUUCGCAGAGCUGAUCAAGACCACCAAAGUGAACAACGUGGUGCUUUCGAGGCCAGGACUUGCGCCAGUCAAAGGGACCUUGUGCAUCACCAGCCACCACCUCCUUCUGUCGUCCCAGGCAGAGGGAAAUGGGGAGCAGAACAAGAUGGAACUCUGGCUCCUGAUUCGCAAUGUGGAUGCUGUUGAGAAAAGUGUUCAGAAUCUAAGCUGGUAUCAAAGCCCCUGGACUAACGGCUCCGUCCAAGAGAACAGGCUUGCAAAUACUUCUGGCACCAUUACUCUCAAAUGCAAGGACCUGAAAAUUCUGCAGCUGGAGAUCCCAGGCAUGGAAGAAUGCCUCAACAUUGCCAGUUCCAUUGAGGCCCUCUCCUCCGUUGAAUCCGUCAUGAUGACAUACCCCUUUUUCUACCGACCCCAAAGCAUGAAGCUGGAAAAUGGGUGGCAACUUUACCCACUUGAAAAAUACUACCAACAAAUAGCCUCUGAUACAGGCACCUGGAGGCUCUCUUCUGUCAAUGAAGAUUUUACUGUCUGCCUGAGUUACCCCCCAGUGGUUAUGGUUCCAGCGGCAAUUGAUGAUAGAGUACUGAAAAAGAGCGCCUACUUCCGCCAGGGGAGACGGUUUCCUGUCCUGAGCUAUUAUCACAAGAAGAACGGGAAGGUGAUUCUCCGCAGCAGCCAGCCUCUCACUGGACCCAACCGGAAACGCUGCCAUGAGGACGAGCUGCUCUUGGGUGCCGUGCUGAAGCAAGGGGACCGCGGCUUCAUCCUGGACACCCGCCCAGCACAGACAGCUAAGCAGGCCCAUAUGAUGGGUGGAGGCACAGAGCACAGGGCUGCCUACCCUCACUGGAAGAGGUUGCACCGGGCCCUGGAGAGGGGACGUCCCUUGCAGGAAAGCUUCACUAGGCUGGCGGAGGCAUGCCUUGACACUUCCAACAGCAUGGACCGCUGGCUGACUAAGCUGGAAGCAUCUAAGUGGUUGUCUCACGUCAAGAUGGCGCUGAACACCGCCUGUGUCGCAGCACAGUGCCUGGAGAGAGAAGACGCUUGCAUUCUGGUGCACGGAUCUGACGGAACGGACACCACACUCCUGGUGACAGCUCUUGCCCAGGUUAUCCUAGAUCCAGACUGUAGAACUCUGGCUGGCUUCCAGGCGCUGGUGGAACGGGAAUGGAUCCAGGCUGGCUACCCCUUCUCCCUCCGCUGCACCCACUCGGCCUAUUCCCAUGCCCGCCUCAAGCAGGAGGCUCCCGUGUUCCUCCUCUUCCUGGACUGCGUUUGGCAACUCGGGCGCCAGUUCCCAUUCUCCCUGGAGUUCAACGAGCGCCUCCUGCUGACCCUCUUUGAACACAGUUACGCCUCGCCCUAUGGCACAUUCCUGUGCAACAGUGAGCAAGAAAGGAAGCUUUGUGAAGUGAAGAAGAAGACUCAUUCUCUCUGGCCCUCGCUGAACUGCAAAGGAGACAAAUAUAGGAAUCCACUGUAUGCACGCAACUCCCUGGUCAUCUGGCCAUCCGUGGAGCCCCAGAGUGUGUUGCUCUGGCAAGGCUUAUUCCUCCGCUGGGUCCGUCCAUCCCACUUUCUAGAUGAAGCAUGGGCAGAAGUGCAGAAAAUAGCCGGAAACAGCCAAGUCCACACAGAACAAUCAAGUGGGACACCACAAGAGCAGAUUUCAGCACAGACUGAUUGAGGAACCCAGAACCUGGGCAUCAGAAGAUCCUCCACUGAUUGCAGAAUCAAGAGACUUUGACUUGGUACAUUUAUCCGAGUCGCUGAACUGUUACAGCCAAACUUGCCAGUCGUAAAAAGCACAACAUCUAGUUGUGUAGUUUAAUUGACCUGGUUUCUAAAUUGAGAAAGCCAAGCUCUGUUGCAUAGAAUAACUUUGACAAGCCAGUUUGGGCUUUCCCGAUAUUUACCUCUGAAAAAAACAACUACCCUAAACUAUAGGAAUUUUUGCCUCCGUACAGCCAUAACUGAUUUGCACACUGGCAACUGACCAAUUGCAAGUCAGACCAGUGGUCUACCUAACCCAAUACUGUUUACUCUGAAAACAACUCUCCAGCUUCAGGCAGGGAGGGGUCCUCUCAGUUGGAGAUUCUGGGAUUUACCUUAGAAAUUCAGGCAUUCAAAAGCAAGCAUUCUGCCCUGAUCGAUGGACUCUUCCCUAAGGAUCAUUUUGUCAGGAAUUAAGAUAAAGUAACCUAUACCCAGGGCAAGAUGUAUUCAGAGCUUCAAUAAACUAAUAAAAAUUCUGGAACAGG